GCGAAACAUUGAAAACCUCCUCACCUUCUGUGUUCAGUACGCCACAUGUGCGACUUGCUGCGUACUGGUCAACGUUUUUAAGAGUCAAUUUAUGCUUGAUCUGAAAAUGUGUUCGGAUGCGCCGUAUGGAUGGUGUGACGCACUCGCGGAGGCCAACUUGAGAUCUGUUCCGCAUCACGGUGUGCCUCUCAAAUUGUGUAACAAUGUGUAGGGCUCCGUAUAGCUCCGUAUUUACAUGAUUGGUGGACGGUAGGUGAGAGCGGGAGGUCCUGUAUAAACACAAACUCACUUCCUUGACAACAUCUCUGCGCUGCUGGGCGAAGCGCAAGAACCACGAAUGCCAUGACUUCUGUAGAGGCUAUCACCGUACGGUAAACGCUGCACGACCAAUGCAGACUAUAGGUUGACCAUACAGCGCCUUUAAUAGUCGUGGACGGGGAUCGAAGCUGCAUGAUUGAAUGCGAGUUGCUGAUGCUGCGUUGCACAACAAAACCGCAAACAAGAAGGGAGACCGAGGACUUGGCAUAUAGUUACGUUGUUGUUUCUGUUUGCUAUGAGAAAACAAUCUCAUUUUGUUCCUGAAAGUCGCAUUUUGAAAUUAAACCGGCAUCUCAGUCGCAUGGAAUAGCCAAAUGCGGCUCGCAUCCUAUCACACUCUCCCUUUCAGCUCCAGCUCAGCAUCCAUAUUUUUUGUGCAUCCCUGUGUUGGUGUAUAGGGAGUGGCAACCUUCUGAUAAAUCAACCGAUCAGCGCACCCCUCUCCUCUAGGAAAAACAAAUACGUUUAUGCGUAAAUUUUACAUUUAAAGCUAAAAUGGAGAGAGAUUGCCACCAUUCCGAUUUCUAGUGCCUCAAACCGAAAGCCUUGAUAGGGACUUUCUCAUCCCUGCACAUCUCCCCUGUACAUGAUGAACAUGCUGAAGUCCAGUGGACUGAAGAUCCCUGGCAGGGGCCCAAAGCACUCCCCUGGCCCCGUGGGACGAACCUCUGCUGGGGGAUCUGCUUCCGGCACUGUGGGCCAUAAAGACAACUCCCCACACAAGCAGACCUCCCCACUCCCGAGCAGCAAUGCCUCGGAGAAGUCGUGCUCCAAAACAUCCGAGGUGGGGGACGAUGUCUUGGGGGACUACGUAGUUGGCGAACGUGUCUGGGUCAACGGGGUCAAACCGGGCGUCAUCGCCUACCUGGGCGAGACCCAGUUCGCCCCGGGACAGUGGGCUGGGGUGGUCCUCAACGACCUGUUGGGCAAAAAUGACGGCUCUGUGGGCGGCGUGCGCUACUUUGAGUGCCAGCCACACCAGGGCAUCUUCACGCGCCCCUCCAAGCUCACCAGGCAACCGGUGGGCGAAGGGAGCGAAGGCCACUCUGCUGAUUCGCUAACGGCUCAGAACCUGACGCUCCAUGGCGUCAACGGGGCUUCGCCUGCUGGUCAGCGCGUGGUUAUGCCACUCAGGGAAGGCAUGCUCAACAGUUCGGUGAAGACGGGUAACGAGUCAGGUUCCAACAUGUCUGACAGCGGCUCGGUCAAGAAAGGCGGGGAUAAGGACCUUCGAGUGGGAGACCGCGUGCUGGUGGGGGGCACUAAGACAGGAGUGGUGCGCUACGUGGGAGAGACUGACUUUGCCAAGGGUGAGUGGUGCGGCGUGGAGUUGGACGAGCCCCUGGGGAAGAAUGACGGUGCAGUGGCUGGAACCAGGUACUUCCAGUGUCCGCCCAGGUUUGGACUGUUUGCACCCAUCCACAAGGUGAUCCGUAUCGGUUUCCCCUCCACCAGCCCGGCCAAGGCCAAGAAGAGCAAGCGCAUGGCCAUGGGGGUGUCAUCCUUGGCCCACAGCCCCAGCAGCUCGUCCAUCAGCUCUGUUAGCUCUGUGGCUUCCUCAGUGGGCGGGCGGCCCAGUCGAACUGGCCUGCUCACAGAGACGUCGUCCCGCUAUGCCCGCAAAAUUUCAGGCACUACUGCGCUGCAGGAGGCACUGAAAGAGAAACAGCAGCACAUCGAGCAGCUGCUGGCCGAGAGGGACCUGGAGCGGGCUGAGGUGGCAAAAGCCACCAGCCACAUCUGUGAGGUGGAGAAGGAGCUCAGUGUCCUCAAGGCCCAGCACCUGCAGUAUGUCACAGAGACUGAAAGCAACCUCCAGCAAGUCAAAACUCUGUUGGCAAGCACUCAGAAGGACAAAGUAGAGCUGGCCAAUCAGCUUGAAGAAGAGAAAAGGAAAGUGGAAGACCUUCAGUUCAGAGUGGAGGAAGAGUCAAUCACCAAAGGAGACCUUGAGACUCAGACGAAAUUGGAGCAUGCCCGUUUUCGGCAGCUUGAGCAGAAUCUGUUCCUCGAAAAGUCGAGAGCAGAAAAGCUUCAGAAAGAAUUAGAGGGAAGACGCAGACUUGAUGCAGCACCCUUGAGGUUGGGUAAGAGAACCAAGCAAAGCACAGUUGAGGAGCAGAGCCGCGUCAUACAGCUGGAGGAUGAACUGGCUCUGCGUCGGGCCGAGAUCGAGGAGCUCCAGGUCCGGCUCCGGGAUGCGGCCAAGGACGGGGACUCCACCCAGGGGCCGGUGGCCCAGUCGGAAAACAUUCUGCUCCGAGAGCAGCUCCUGACGGCAGGCCGGGAGCACCACAAGGAGAGCAGCCAGCUGAGGGAGAAGUACGAGGCUGCAGUGGCAACGGGCCAGGAGGAGACAGACAAACUGAAAGCCACGGUGGACAAACAGAGCCAGGAGAUCAUUGAGCUGAAGCAGAAAGUCCAUCAGGCCUCUACAGAGAACAUGGAGAUGAUGGACAACUGGAAGGUCAAGCUGGACACCCUGGUCAACGACCACCAGCGUUCCCUUGAGGACCUGAAGGCCUCGCUGUCCAGCGGCUCGGCCAAAGGCCAGGAGCAGGAGCCCCAGGAGCUGAGGACCACACUGGAGAGCCUGCGCAUGGAGCACCAGCUGGAGCUGGAGAAUCUCAAGGCCAGGCAUGAGAUCGAGGCAGCCAUGCUGGCCAAGGAGCGUGACGGUCUGCGCUCACGCCUGCAGGAUGCCAAGGGCCAGCUGGUCGAGAACAGCCAGAACUGGAAUAGCCAGGCCCAGACGAAGGCCAGGAGUGACCAGCAGGCCCUGGAGCUGAGGGAGGUCUGGGAGAAGUUCCAGAAGGCCCAGCUGAGGGUGGGCGAGCUGGAGAGGCUGCAGGGCGAGCAGGACGGCGCCCGAGACAAGCUCCAGGAGCGCUUGGAGCUGGCUGAGAAGAAGAUGGUGGACUACAAGGCCCUGCAGAAGGCCGAGGCCCAGAGUAGACAGGAGCUCUACAGCCUGGAGGAGAAACUGAGGGUGACUGAGAACCGGCUGCAGGCGGUGCAGGAUGACCACCACAUGCCACAGGAUGCCAACGUUAUAGAAAAUAAUGACAUCUUGGAGGAAAAGAUAAAGCUAAAACAGAAUGUUGAAGAAACUAUGGAGAAUCUGACCAAAAGAGAAAGAGAGGUCUCUACUCUCACAUCACAUGUCGAUGCCCUCAAAUCACAGAUAACUGCCUUGGAGGGCAAAGUUCGCUUGGGUGAGAAGAAGGGCGAUGCCCUGGUCAAGGAGAAGAUGCGCCUGGAGGCCGACCUUGAGUGCAUGACCAAGAAGUCCCAUGAUGCAUCGGGACAGCUGGUUGUCAUUAGCCAGGAGCUACUGAAGAAGGAGAGGAGUCUGAACGAGUUAAGGGUGUUACUGCUGGAUUCCCCUCGCCACUCGCCCGGCCUGGACCGAGACCUGAGCCGAGAGGUGCACAAGGCUGAGUGGAGGGUGAAGGAGCAGAAACUCCAGGAUGACAUCAAGACCCUGAGAGACAAACUGCUCCUGCUGGGCAGGGAGAGGGGCUCGUCCUCAGAUCACAGGCGCUACUCUAUGCUGGACCCGUCGACCCUGGACUCGGAGGUGACACUUCUGCGCCAGCGGCUCAUGAGCACAGAGGAGGCUCUGAGGGGAGCCCUGGAGCACAACCAGGAAGUGGACCAGCUGGUGCAGGCCAUGCGCACGCACCCAGACAAGAGCGAGGUAAAUGGUGGUGCAAAUUCAGCCAAUGGAAUUCAUCAACAGAAUUCGUCCUUUACUCAAGAUGAACAACACUGAUAUAGGAGAAGAAGAGCUCAUCUUGAAUUGGGGAAAUACAGAGGUACAUUUUAAAAGAAGAAGUCAGUAUGACUUGGGACUAGCACGCCACUGGACUCCAGACAACAUUUCCUGUUUACAGUUACUACCAAAACAAUGUCUCUCUAUCUCAAUAUGUACAUUCAUCUGUUGCAAAAAAGAAAAACACCCAUUAGCCAAACUUAAGACAGCUUGAAGAUACUGUAAAAUAGUUGACAGAGGUGAAGAAUUAUAGGUAUGACUUUUGAAAACUGAUACAUACCCUGCCUACAUACCCAAGGAUGGUAUUGGACAUUUGGGCAUGAGAUAACCUUUUAUCUUAGUUUAUUAGAGAUCGUGACCCUAUGAGCCUUGAAGGAUGAAUUGGGACUCCAGAGAAUGAAAUGACUCUGGUGUCUGAUUGAAAACAAAGAUUAAGAAUUUGGCCUCAAUCCAUCACUUUUUGUUUUAUUUAUUUGCCACACUUAUUUUUUUUUAAUCCUUCUUAGAUUACUGUAGCUGAUUUGACCAGUGACGUUCCAUUUGCUUCAUAGCGAACAUGCUCGUAGUGAACAUGUGAAUGAAACGGGGAUGCUGCUGGAUUUAAGCUGAUGUUGUAUCUACAUGUGAAUAUAGCUGCAUUAUCUGAAACCUGUGCAUACUGUAAUUGUGUAUUUAGUCAACUGAACCAAUGCAACUUGGUGCCGUGUGUGCACCAAAUAGCUAUCAGUUUAAUGGUUUACUCAUUUUAACUAAGUAAUCCUUAAUUCCACUGUGGCUUUACUGGAUAGUGGGAAACCAUACCACUUUGUAGUGUUUUCAUACACGUGAGGGGAAAAAAAUUAAAAAAGAAAGUCUUAACUUCCUAUUGUUGAUCAUUUAUCUAAAGAAAGUUCAACCUAGAUCAAUGCCUUGGGAUCACUUUGUCCUUUGAUUCGAGUAGGCCACUAAACGGCUGUUUGGAGCACAAUGCAAACAAUGGAACAUUCAAAGGUUGUGUCCCAAAUGGCACUCUAUGACCAAUAUAGUGCACUACUUUUGACCAGAAAAGUAGUGAACUAUAUAGGGAAUAGAGUGCCAUUAGGGAUGGAGGCCUACUGUAACUGCUUCCUCCAUUCUGGAUGAUCCCUCCCUUCUGGAUGUAAACAACUAAUCACAAUGUACAGAAUUGAUACGUUACGGUCUUCCAAAUGUUAUUAUCUCCAUUGAACAAGCCAACAGGGAGAUUCUAAAUGCAGUCCAUUACUGUAUUCUUGGGAGAUUAGAUGAUAUUCUGGCUGCGUCUCGAAUGGCACCCUAAUUUCCUACGUACAGUGAGCUCCAAAAGUAUUGGGACAGUGACAAAUGUUUUGUUGUUUUGGCUCUAUACUCCAGCACUUUGGAUUUGAAAUGAUACAAUAACUAUGAGAUUAAAGUGAAGACUGUCAGCUUUAAUUUGACGGUAUUUUCUUUUCUUAUCGGGUGAACCAUUUAGAAAUUACAGCACCUUUUGUACAUAGUCCCCCCAUUUUAAGGGACCAUAGGUAUUGGGACAAAUUCACUUAUGUGCAUUAAAGUAGUAAAAUGUUAAGUAUUAUCGCAGUGCUAGAGGCGUCACUACAGAUCCGGGUUCGAUCCCGGGCUGUAUCGCAACCGGCCGUGAUCGGGAGUCCCAUAGGGUGACGCACAAUUGGCCCAGUGUCGUCUGGGUUAGGGGAGGGUUUGGCUGGGGGAGCUUUACUUGGCUCAUCGCGCUCUAGUAACUCCUUGUGGUGGACCGGGCACCUGCAGGCUGACCUCGGUUAUCAAUUGAACCUUGUUUCCUCCGACGCAUUGGUGCGGCUGGCUUCCGGGUUAAGCGGGCGGGUGUUAAGAUUCGUGGUUAGGCGGGCCAUGUUUCGGAGGACCCCUGAUUGGACCUUCGCCUUCCGAGCCCAUUGGGGAGUUGCAGUGAUGAGACAAUGUCGAAAUUGGGGAGAAAGGGGGGUAAAAUACAACAACAACAAAAAAUUGUAAGAAUAAUAUUAAUAAUAAGUUCAGUAUUUGGUCCCAUAUU